AUGACAACUUCAUCUCAUAGAGACCACUUCUUCCAGACCUCUGCUGCCUUGGAUGACCAGCAGAGGAAAGACGCCAAGUCUCAGAAUUCCAAUGGAAACCCUAUUCGAUUACCCAGCAAGAUUCUUGCUAUUCACCCUGAUCCGAGCAAUUCGAACUCAAUCUAUGUUGCUCAAAGUAGUGGUGUUGUUAGAAGAGUAGUGCUCGAGUUGCAGACAGGCGAAACAGCUGCAUUAUACAAAGGUCCUACAGCUCCUCUGACAAGUCUAUGUUUGAGUCCAGAUGGAAAGCUUUUGUUUGCUGGAUGUUGGGACAAGUCUGUCUGGAGUUGGGAUGUUGCCUCAGGGCAACCUCGGCAAAAGUAUGAAGGUCACGCAGACUUCGUCCGAGCUGUUAUGAGUGCUCGACUACGUGGAGAGGAUCUUCUCAUUACUGGUGGCGCUGAUGCUCAAGUUCUGGUUUUCAACAUUGCCAGUGGCCAGCGCACCGAAACAUUCAAGGGUCACACUCGAGGAAUUCAGGAUUUGAUCCUUGACCCAGAAGUAGAGGAAUCUGAGGCUUUAGUCUUCAGUGCUGGAAGUGAUCGAGAAAUCCGACAGUUUAAAAUCUUCGAUGGUGGAGAUGCCGCAGAGCCACUCCUCCCCCAUGAAACCAGCGUGUACAAGCUAUUCUUCGACCAGGAUGGAGAUCUUUGGACUGUGUCCGCCGACAAGACUGCCAAAUGUUUAAUUCGGGCAGAUGGCUGGAAGCCUAAUUUCACUUUGGAACACCCUGACUUUGUUCGAGAUAUUGUUGUUCAUGAGGCUGGCGGUUGGGUGGUCACGGCCUGCCGGGAUGAAGAAGUGCGGGUGUGGAAUAGAUCGGUAUGUUUAUACUAUUUAACCACUUUACUCACAUUGAAACAAGAAACUAACUUUUGGCAGACUGGAGAGCUUCAUCACGUGUUUUCUGGCCAUUUUGAAGAAGUUACUGGGCUAGUUCUAGUGGGCUCCACAGUGGUUAGCGCGGGUAUCGAUGGUACCAUUCGCCAAUGGUCUCUUCGUCCCGAUGAACUCCAGAAGGCCGUGGAAUUGGCAAAGAAGGGCCCUGCGGUAGUAGAGCCUGAGCCGAGUACUGAUGCGUUGCUCACGGAAGAGGAGGAGCGAGAGUUGGCCGAGCUGAUGGAAGAUGAUUAG